UGCUAGUCCUCGCUCUUGAAACCUUUGUAACUAUUAAGGCUGAAGUGCCAUUUAAAGAAAAAAGAAGGCAAAGAAAUGAGCUACGAGAGCCAUGGGCAGCCCAAUGGAUCCCAUGGUGAUGAAGAGGCCUCAGUUGUAUGGGAUGGGCAGUAACCCUCAUUCUCAGCCUCAGCAGAGCAGCCCAUACCCCGGAGGUUCCUACGGCCCCCCAGGCCCACAGCGGUAUCCUAUCGGCAUCCAAGGGCGGACCCCAGGGGCCAUGGGAGGAAUGCAGUACCCACAGCAGCAGAUGCCACCGCAGUAUGGACAGCAAGGAGUGAGCGGUUACUGCCAGCAGGGCCAGCAGCCGUAUUACAACCAGCAGCCGCAGCCUCCGCACCUGCCUCCGCAGGCGCAGUACCUGCCAUCCCAGCCCCAGCAGCGGUACCAGCCGCAGCAGGACAUGUCUCAGGAAGGCUAUGGAACUAGGUCUCAACCUCCUCUGGCUCCUGGGAAACCUAACCAUGAAGACUUGAACCUGAUUCAACAAGAAAGACCAUCAAGUUUACCAGACCUGUCAGGCUCCAUUGACGACCUCCCCACGGGAACGGAAGCAACCCUGAGCUCUGCAGUCAGUGCAUCGGGCUCCACGAGCAGCCAAGGGGAUCAGAGCAACCCGGCCCAGUCGCCUUUCUCUCCACACGCAUCCCCCCAUCUCUCCAGCAUCCCCGGGGGCCCAUCGCCUUCUCCCGUGGGCUCGCCUGUAGGAAGCAACCAGUCACGAUCAGGCCCAAUUUCUCCUGCAAGUAUUCCAGGCAGUCAGAUGCCCCCCCAGCCACCUGGGAGCCAGUCAGAAUCCAGUUCCCAUCCUGCCCUGAGCCAGUCACCAAUGCCACAGGAAAGAGGUUUCAUGGCAGGCACACAAAGAAACCCCCAGAUGUCUCAAUAUGGACCUCAGCAGACAGGCCCGUCCAUGUCGCCUCACCCUUCUCCUGGGGGCCAGAUGCAUCCUGGGAUCAGCAGCUUUCAGCAGAGCAACUCGAGUGGGACGUACGGUCCACAGAUGAGCCAGUAUGGACCACAAGGUAACUACUCCAGACCCCCAACGUAUAGUGGGGUGCCCAGUGCAAGCUACAGCGGCCCGGGGCCUGGUGUGGGCAUCAAUGCCAACAACCAGAUGCACGGGCCAGGGCCAGGCCAGCCGUGUGGUGCUAUGCCCCUGGGACGAAUGCCAUCAGCCGGGAUGCAGAACAGGCCGUUUCCUGGAAACAUGAGCAGCAUGACCCCCAGCUCUCCUGGCAUGUCUCAGCAGGGCGGGCCAGGAAUGGGGCCGCCGAUGCCAACCGUGAACCGUAAGGCACAGGAGGCAGCCGCCGCAGUGAUGCAGGCCGCUGCCAACUCAGCACAAAGCAGGCCACCAUACAUUAGGUCGCCUGCUUAUCCCAGCCAGUCUGGGGCUGGCGGACGCCCCCUGUUUUCUUCCCAGCACCCCAACUAUGGCAACUCUCAGGCUCCCAUGAUGCACCAGCCUGACCAGUACGGGCAAGGCAGCUUCCCGGGCAUGAACCAGGGCGGACUCAUGGCUUCCAGCUCUCCCUACAGCCAGCCCAUGAACAACAGCUCGGGGCUGAUGAACACGCAGGCGCCGCCCUACAGCAUGACGCCCAACAUGGUGAACAGCUCCACAGCAUCUAUGGGUCUUGCAGAUAUGAUGUCUCCUGGUGAAUCCAAGCUGCCCCUGCCUCUCAAAGCCGACGGGAAGGAAGAAGGCACUCCGCAGCCCGAGAGCAAGGCGAAGAAGUCCAGCUCAUCCACCACCACCGGGGAGAAGAUCACAAAGGUGUAUGAGCUGGGGAGCGAGCCAGAGAGGAAGCUGUGGGUCGACCGCUACCUGACCUUCAUGGAGGAGAGAGGGUCCCCUGUCUCCAGCCUGCCCGCCGUGGGCAAGAAGCCACUGGACCUGUUCCGGCUCUAUGUCUGCGUCAAAGAGAUCGGAGGUUUGGCCCAGGUUAAUAAAAACAAGAAGUGGCGUGAGCUGGCAACCAACCUAAACGUUGGCACUUCGAGCAGUGCCGCGAGCUCCCUGAAAAAGCAGUACAUCCAGUACCUGUUCGCCUUCGAGUGCAAAAUCGAGCGCGGGGAGGAGCCGCCGCCGGAAGUCUUCAGCACCGGGGAGACCAAGAAGCAGCCCAAGCUGCAGCCGCCAUCUCCUGCUAAUUCAGGAUCCUUGCAAGGUCCACAGACCCCCCAGUCAACUGGCAGUAAUUCAAUGGCAGAAGUUCCAGGUGACCUGAAGCCACCUACCCCGGCCUCCACCCCUCAUGGACAGAUGACCCCAAUGCAAGGUGGAAGAAGCAGUACAGUCAGUGUGCACGACCCAUUCUCAGACGCGGGCGACUCGUCGUUCCCAAAACGGAACUCCAUGACCCCGAGCACCCCGUACCAGCAGGGCAUGAGCAUGCCUGACGUGAUGGGCAGGGUGCCCUACGAGCCCAACAAGGACCCCUUUGGCGGAAUGAGAAAAGUGCCUGGAGGCAGCGAGCCCUUCAUGUCGCAGGGCCCGAUGCCCACGAGCAGCAUGCAGGACAUGUACAACCAGAGUCCCUCCGGGGCCAUGUCCGGCCUGGGCAUGGGGCAGCGGCAGCAGUUCCCCUACGGAGCCACCUACGACCGGAGGCAUGAACCCUACGGGCAGCAGUACCCGGGCCAGGGCCCACCCUCAGGACAGCCGCCGUACGGAGGACACCAGCCGGGCCUGUACCCACAGCAGCCGAACUACAAGCGCCACAUGGACGGCAUGUACGGUCCUCCCGCCAAGCGCCACGAGGGGGACAUGUACAACGUGCAGUUCGGCAGCCAGCAGCCCGAGAUGUACAACCAGUACGGCAGCUCCUACUCCGGGCCCGAGCGCCGGCCCCUGCAGGGCCAGUACGCCUACCCCUACGGCAGAGAGAGGGUGCAGGGCCCGGGGCAGAUGCCCCCACACGGCCUCCCCCCGCAAAUGAUGGGCGGCCCCCUGCAGCCGGCCUCUGGGGAAGGGCCGCAGCAGAGCCUGUGGGCGGCUCGGAAUGAUAUGCCUUACCCCUACCAGGGCAGGCAGGGCCCCGGCGGCCCCGCCCAGGCCCCCCCCUACCCAGGCAUGAGCCGCACGGAUGACAUGAUGGUCCCUGAUCAGAGGAUAAAUCACGAGAGCCAGUGGCCUUCUCACGUCAGCCAGCGUCAGCCUUACAUGUCCUCGUCGGCCUCCAUGCAGCCCAUCACGCGCCCGCCCCAGCCGUCCUACCAGACGCCGCCGUCACUGCCAAACCACAUCUCCCGAGCGCCCAGCCCCGCCGCCUUCCCGCGCGCCCUGGAGAGCCGCAUGUCCCCCAGCAAGUCCCCCUUCCUGCCCUCCAUGAAGAUGCAGAAGGUCAUGCCCACCGUCCCCGCGCCCCAGGUCACGGGGCCGCCCCCCCAGCCGCCCCCGAUCAGAAGGGAGAUCACCUUCCCUCCUGGCUCCGUGGAGGCGUCCCAGCCGGUCUUGAAACAGAGGCGGAAGAUUACCUCGAAGGACAUCGUUACCCCGGAGGCCUGGCGUGUGAUGAUGUCCCUGAAGUCCGGUCUCUUGGCUGAAAGCACUUGGGCCUUGGACACUAUAAACAUCCUCCUGUAUGAUGACAGCACUGUCGCUACGUUCAAUCUCUCCCAGUUGUCCGGAUUUCUGGAACUUUUAGUCGAGUACUUUCGGAAAUGCCUGAUUGACAUUUUUGGAAUUCUUAUGGAAUAUGAAGUGGGAGACCCCAGCCAAAAAGCACUUGACCACAGCGCAGUGAAGAAAGAUGAGGGCCAGGCCUGGGCCGACGAGUGUGGGCGAGAGGAGGACGCCGCGGAAUGCGAGGAGGACGAGGAGGACGAGGAGGAGGAGGAGGCGGCAGAGGAGGAAGACAAAAGACAGGAGAACAGGCAAGCCAGCAAGUUCGACAAGCUGCCCAUCAAGAUCGUUAAAAAGAACAAGCUGUUCGUGGUCGACCGCUCCGACCGGCUGGGCCGCGUGCAGGAGUUCAGCAGCGGGCUCCUGCACUGGCAGCUGGGCGGCGGCGACACCACGGAGCACAUCCAGACGCACUUCGAGAGCAAGAUGGAGAUCCCUCCGCGCAGGCGGCCGCCGCCCGCUCCGGCUCCGAGCGCCGCGGGCCCCAAGAAGGAGCCGGAGGGAAAGGGGGAGCUGGAGGAGCAGCCGGAGAAAAGCAUCAUCGCGACCAUCGACGACGUCCUCCCCUUCGGCAUCCACCAGGCCCGGAGCCACCGCAACAUCAAGCUGCUGGAGGACGAGCCGCGCAGCCGCGACGAGACGCCGCUCUGCACCGUGGCGCACUGGCAGGACUCCCUGGCCAAGCGCUGCAUCUGCGUGUCCAACAUCGUCCGCAGCCUGUCCUUCGUGCCUGGCAACGACGCCGAGAUGUCCAAACACCCGGGCCUGGUGCUGAUCCUGGGGAAGCUCAUCCUCCUGCACCACGAGCACCCGGAGCGGAAGCGGGCGCCGCAGACCUACGAGAAGGAGGAGGACGAGGACAAGGGGGUGGCCUGCAGCAAAGACGAGUGGUGGUGGGACUGCCUCGAGGUCUUGCGGGAUAACACGCUGGUCACGUUGGCCAACAUUUCCGGGCAGCUGGACUUGUCUGCGUACACGGAGAGCAUCUGCUUGCCGAUCCUGGACGGCUUGCUGCACUGGAUGGUGUGCCCCUCCGCGGAGGCGCAAGACCCCUUCCCCACGGUGGGACCCAACUCCGUGCUGUCGCCGCAGAGACUCGUGCUGGAGACGCUCUGUAAACUCAGCAUCCAGGACAAUAACGUGGACCUGAUCCUGGCCACGCCGCCGUUCAGCCGGCAGGAGAAAUUCUAUGCGACGUUAGUUAGGUACGUGGGCGACCGCAAAAACCCGGUCUGUCGAGAAAUGUCCAUGGCGCUCUUAUCGAACCUGGCCCAAGGGGACACGCUGGCCGCGAGGGCGAUAGCUGUGCAGAAGGGAAGCAUCGGGAACUUGAUAAGCUUCCUGGAGGAUGGGGUGACGAUGGCCCAGUACCAGCAGAGCCAGCACAGCCUCAUGCACAUGCAGCCCCCGCCGCUGGAGCCGCCCAGCGUGGACAUGAUGUGCCGCGCGGCCAAGGCGCUGCUGGCCAUGGCCCGCGUGGACGAGAACCGCUCCGAGUUCCUGCUGCAUGAGGGCCGGCUGCUGGACAUCUCCAUCUCGGCCGUGCUGAACUCGCUGGUGGCGUCCGUCAUCUGUGACGUUCUGUUUCAGAUCGGGCAGUUAUGACCCCGGUGAGGAGGCCGCCCGUGUGAGUGACGACUGAGGCUCCCGUACCCGGCUGUUUUCUGUUCUGUUUCUCCAGCGUAGGAAGAAGGAAAAGAAAACGUGUGCUCCUCUGCCCCGUUCAUAUUUACCGAUUGGGAAUUAAAGAGAGAAUUAAUUCGAACAGUUAUGAAAUUAAUAUUUGCUGUCUGUGUGUAUAAGUACAUCUGUUGGGGUUUUUUAAUUUUUUUUUUAACCAAAGUGCUGUCCAGUGUAUUCAGAGGUCACUUUUUGUUUUUCACAGAUUUUCUUUUUGAUGUUCUUUCUUUUUCAUGUUGUAUUACAUUUUUUGGGAAGCAAAUUGACUUUAAAGAAAAAAGUUGUGGCAAAAGAUGCUAAGAUGGGAAAAUUUCACCACACUGAGGCAAAAAGGUGAAAACCCAUCCCUAUCCCAGGCGUGUUAUCCUUCAGAUCAUGAAAUAAAGCUGUCCCAUCGCCCAAAGCUCUGUGCAAUAGAAACUGCUAGAAGGGUAGGUCUCGGGGCUCAAGGAGGCGUGUCAGUCAGUAGUCAGACUAGCGAACGAUGCUGGUUUCUCCACAGGAAAAUGGUUACCUUAGGCUCGGAGCAAUCCGAAUGGGUCUGUUUAAGUUAAAGUUGAAAAUACGUACCUGACAACGAUCAACGGAAAUUGCUUCCUCACCACUACGUCAUGUCUGCUGUCUGUCUUGACCUUCCACAUGACAGUUCUUCACAAUUCCUUUAAUCAUUUUUUAAAUAUUUUUUUUACUGCCUAUGGGCUGUGAUGUAUAUAGAAGUUGUACAUUAAACAUACCCUCAUUUUUUUUUCUUUUCUUUUUUUUUUUUUUAGUACAAAGUUUUUAGUUUCUUUUUCAUGAUGUGGUAACUACAAAGUGAUGGUAGAUUUUAAAUAAUUUUUAUUUUUAUUUUAUAUAUUUUUUCAUUAGGGCCAUAUCUCCAAAAAAAAUAAAGAAAAAAUACAAAAAUAAAAACAAAAAAAAAGAGGGUAAUGUACAAGUUUCUGUAUGUAUAAAGUCAUGCUCUAUUUCGGGAGCGCAGCUGAUCACCAUUUGCUUCAUGAAUCAAGGUAUGGAAAUGGUUGCGUACGGAUUGAUUUAGAAAAUGGUCACCAGUACAGACACAAAAGAGAAAAAUACAACUAACAGGAAGAAAUACAACUUCAAAGAUUUUUCAGUGACGAGAAUCCACAUUUGUAUUUCAAGAUAAUGUAGUUUAAAAAAAAAAGAGAAAAAAAUCUUGAUGUAAAUUCCUCCUUUUCCUCUGGCUUAAUGAAUAUCAUUUAUUCAGUAUAAAAUCUUUAUAUGUUCCACAUGUUAAGAAUAAAUGUACAUUAAAUCUUGUUAAGCACUGUGAUGGGUGUUCUUGAAUACUGUUCUAGUUUCCUUGAAGUGGUUUCCUAGUAACCCAGUCAUUUAUAAGAUAUAGGGGAAUACAGCCGUGUACUAAUAACCAAGUCACUCGUCACCAAACCGUGAGGUCGGAAGGGACCCUUAGGGGUUACCCACUAGAGUGGGGAGCAACGGUUUGACUUUCUCAAAUUAUUUAGCUGAUUAGCCUUUGUUUGAAGCAAUCAACUCUGACACCAUGGAGGUCUGAGACUUUUCAGUGUACGUGGGAGGUGGCUGCUGGCCCGUGAGGCGAGGCCUCGAGAGCUCUCCGGCCUGAGUGAAACUGCCUUUGACUAACCCGUCUUAAUUUUAACCAGAGUUCAGUCUAGUCCGUGUUUUUUUCUGUGUGCCUCGGAGUUAUUUUGCAUUUAGUUUACUCCACCGUGUAUAAUAUUUAUAUUGUGCAAUGUUAAAAAGAAUAUGUUCUAUUGUAUGUGGUGUACAUAGUGCAAAGUGAUUAUUUCUAUUUCAGGGCAUAUUAAUAUUCUCAUAUUCCUUCCUACCUGGUGCACAGUAGCUUUUUAAUACCAGUCGUUUCUAAUUUAAACGUUUCCUUCCUGGGUCAUUGACUGUUACUGUGUCGCAAUCACCCUCUGAAACUGCUGCAGGAUGAAGCUGUCAGUGGGCACCCUCUUAAGUCUACCUCUUCACACUCCCUCCCGGCACCGCAUACCAAACUCCGAGUCCUCCGCCAGGCCUGUGGUCCGGGCGUCCGUUACCAUGGUCACCCUGGGAAGAGUUAGGCAAGAGCUCACAGUUCUAAUCCGAGCGAGCCGUGACUCUCGAGUGUCACAAGAAAAAUUUUCCUGCAAGCAGCCUCAUCCAUCAGCGCCCACAUCACUUAGUCUUCUUACAUAGCAAUCAGCCAAAUGUGUGGUGAAUUAAAAACCCAUUUAUAAUCUACUUGAAAUACAUCUGCUUGCUAAGGACAGAUUUUAGAGCUCCGAGCUUCAAAUACAGAGAUUUGUGAGAGGGGAUUCAAUAUUAUUAGAACUUCUCUCUUAUAGAGUAUGAAUAAAAGGUGUAUACAAA